CCGUGUGCUCCGCUAGGGAUCGCAGGGACAGACACUCCGGUUCCUCCAGGCUCGUCAUGGCGGCUCAGACCCGAGCUGUGGUGUCCGGCCAGUGGCUUGCAGAGGCCGUCCGGUGCAACCUGGUCGGUCCCAAGCUCCGCAUCCUGGACACGUCCUGGCAUCUGCCCAAACUGAAGCGGGACGCGAAGACCGAGUUUGGACAGACUCAUAUUCCAGGCGCCUUGUUUUUUGACAUAGUGGAGUGCUGCAACCAGAGCGCUGCGUAUGAUCUGAUGCUGCCGACCUCCAGCCAGUUCUCCCAGUAUGUGGGUGACCUGGGCAUCGGCAGCGACACGCACGUAGUCGUGUACGACACCAGUGAGUACGGGUCGUAUAUCGCGCCCCGGGUGUGGUGGAUGUUCCGGAUGUUCGGACACAGCCUGGUGUCGGUGCUGGACGGCGGCUGGAAGAACUGGCUGGUGGACGGUCACCCGGUCACAGCGGAGAGAUGCGUCCCGGAGCGCAGGGAGUUCGGGGCCAAGGCCAAUCUGUCCUGGGUGAAGAGCUACGAGGACGUGCUGGAGAACGUGGGCACCAGGCGGGUGCAGGUGGUGGACGCUCGACCUGUAGGCAGGUUCAGGGGGACUGAGCCGGAGUUCAGGGACGAUACGCUGCCGGGCCAUUUCCCUGGUGCGAUCAACAUGCCCUUCACUACCUUCAUGGAUGCCAGUGGAAAGAUGCUGGAAACCGAGGGCCUGUCUAAAGUGUUCAGAGAGGCCGGGGUGGACCUGGAGCAGCCGCUGUGGACCACCUGUAGUUCUGGUGUCACCGCGUGUCACGCUGUCCUGGCUGCUCACCUGCUGGGCCACCCCGAGGCCUGUGUGUACGACGGCUCCUGGUUUGAAUGGUUCAAGAGGGCAAGUCCGGAGCACAUCAUCUCAGAGGGAGAAGGAAAGAAGGUCUGAACAAACCACAUCGGACAGGCAUCAUCUGAAGAGGGUUUUCACAAGGGGAAGCUCUCGAAAAAUAUACUCUUUCUGUAUCGCACUAUAGAUCAAAUUUGUAUUCUUAUAAAAAAUGUACAAUAAAUGGUUGCCUGAG